AUGGGGUCAAUCAAGAAUCAACAACCCGUCCUGGGGCUCACGGCCUUGGAGCGCAUUGGACCUAAGGGAUAUCUGCGCUACGUCUUCCCUUUCCAGCUGCAAGACGAUUAUGAUUUGGAUGAAGUCGCUGGAGCCCUGAAGGCCGGGUACGAGGCUCUCACAACGGAUCCCGGUGGUGGCGUAUUUCAGACGCUGGACACCCGCGACGCAACACAUAUCCUUGUUAAAGACCUGCGUGACUCCUAUGUCUCUAACUACGCCGACUUGAAACAUCAAUAUUUCCCCGUGGCUGCCUUCGAUGCCGAUACAUUCUGCCGUCGAUCGGUCUGGCCCUCAACUGGGGAACGAAUGCCAGUUUCUCUUGUGCAGGCCAACUUCAUCCGCGGGGGACUGGUACUCACAUGGUGCAUUUUACACAUGGCAGGAGAUGGUAACUCAUUUUCUACGUGGACGGCGAUUUGGGCAGAAGAAUCUCGCCGUGCACAGGGGCUGGAAAUUGUGGCCCCAAUUCAACUCCCUGACGCCGUCUGGAAAGACCGGGAGCAAGUGACCAAGCCCUCAGGUCGCAAUGCGGGCGAACUGGAACAUCAUCCUGAAUAUACCCUCCUUCCUUUCACACCGUCAGGAGCACCACCCAAGAUGACCUCCUUGAACCAUCGUGGCCAGGUCUUCUACUUCUCCCCGGACUCACUCGCAGCUUUGAAGGUCGAGGCAUCGCCUGGCAAUGCUACCGAGCCCUCCGACCAGAAAUGGAUCUCCACCAACGACGCUCUCUCCGCACUUCUCUGGCGAACCGUGAUGGCAGUCCAGUCACCCUUGGAUACACUGGAGGGUGAUCCUGUCUCUGUUUUUAAUUAUGUUGCUGUUAUCCUUCCAAUUCGCAAAAUGCUGAGUACCUUGAGCCUGGCCGACCUAGCCAUUCAGAUCCGAAAGGCUAUCCUGCGGGCUGACAAGCAAUUCACGGACGAUGUCGUUGCUCUGGUGGACCGGCUCGAAGAUGUCGAUCGAUUGGUCCCAACCGCCUUCCUGGAUGUUCCUGGGUAUAAUUGUGUGCAGACCUCUUGGUUGAACUUCAAACUGUACGGGCUGGACUGGGGCUCUCUACUAGGUCAUCGCAUCGAGGCCGUUCGCGUGCCGCACAUUGGAUGCAUCAAUGGCGCUCAAGUUGUGCUUCCAGUACUGCCGGAUGGCGGGAUGGAGAUCUUGGUGGGAGUGGAAGAGAGUUGCUUGGAUCGACUGCUAACUGAUCCUUUGUUUACCAAAUAUGGAGUAGCCCGGUAG